UCGGCAAUUUGGCUCAGCAUGGCCCCGGUUCCCGCGCUGCUCCGCGCGCGCGUAGAGGCCGGUCAUGGUCCUCUUACAGGAGAGCGAGUUCCUGGUGAGGCUCACGGAGCUCUUCGGGCUGAGCCGCUCAGGCACCGUGUACCUCGGCAUGAAGCGCUUCUGCGGCAGGAAGGCGGGGCUGCUCAAGAGAAAGGCCAAGCUGAAAGAGGAGGCAGCUGCCAAGGAGGAGCCGAGGUGUUUGGUGCGGGCACGGUCCAAUAGGAAAAAGUCCAAGAUCAGUUGCAUCGUCUAUGCCAAGGACCUUGUGAGGUUCCAGCUAGCGCUGGGCAAUGUCAUGCGCCAGCAGAUGGACGGGCUUAAAACCCGCGAGAAGACAAAGGAGGAGAGACAUAGAGAGAGGGAGGAGAAGGCGGAGAAGCGCAAAGCCAAGGCGGAGUCUGAGGGAGAGAAGAAGGAGGAGAAGAAGGAGGUGAAGAAAGAUCAGCCCGCGAAGAAGGCCAAGAAGGGCAAGAAGUGAGACGUUUGCAAGUGCAAACGGGUUUGUAGGCUUGGUUGUGUUCGUUCUUCUCAACGCUGGGAUGUGAAAGUUAUUCUAGGUUUUAACUGCACAAGGAAGGAUUCAGGAAAGCCAAGGGUGUCGACCCACUAGAACGAGUACCACGCAGAGAUUGAGCGAGA